ACCCCCAUAUAUAUAAAGAAAAAAAUCUUCUAAGUAUAUUAAUUUUUUGUAUUCCAAUAGACAUUAGAACAACUCAAUGAUCAAUUUAAUGAAUUCGAUCAAACUAUACGUACAUUAUCUGAUUGGGUACAAGAACAAACAUCGGAUCUUGAAUUUAUGCGUACGAGAAAUGUAGAAGCUGGUGCUAAAGAUAAUAUAAGAAGAUGCAAUGAAAUGGAAUUUCAAUUAACAUCCAAACAACAAAUUCUUACAUUAUUAAAAUCUUAUAAUGGUCGAAUGACAUCAUCUUCAUCAACAUUUCGAAUAACUGAUCAAGAUGGUACAAUCCAAAAUUUACGUCAUAUGCUUGAUCAUUUAUCACCAUCGAUUGAACAAUUAAAAUUAAAAUCGAAAUCAAUUUUAACUGAUUGGCAAGAAUAUAAUCGUGUUUUACUUGAAAUGGAAAAAAUUUUACGUGAAGCUGAAGCAGAAAUUAAUCGAAUUGAAAUAAAUGCAAUGAAUGUUGAAACAUAUGAAAUGAGUACCAGAAAAGCACAAGUAAUAUAUAUGCAAAGUUUUACAACUUUUCUUCUUGUCAAAAAAAUUAAACUUUUUAAAAUCAGACUGUUAAAAAAAACUAAAAUAUACACGAACUAUGUAUUUUGUUUUACUAAUCAGUAAGAAAUAUAGAUGAUCAUUAAUUGAUGCUAUUUAGUAUUAACGAUUUGAAUUUUAUGACUACUAACUACGUAGUUUAAUUUAGUAAAAUCAAUUAAGAAUAAUUAAACGAUCACUUUGUGAAUUAAUAAAGACUACUGUUGUUAAGUGACUAAAAACUGAAAGAUACUAACCAAUGGAAUUAAUAAGUGCCAGUUAAUAUUAAUCAAUACUAACUGGAAUAUUUAAUUAAUACUAAUUAAUGAUAGUAUUUUGUCCUGAUUGGAAAAAUAUAUUAACCCCCCCCCCCCCCCCCCCCCCCCCCCCUAAAAAGGCCCUGCCCCCCCUUCUUCCCCCCCCCACCCCCUUUUUUUUUUUGGGGUUUUUUUUUUUUUUUGGAGUCUCAUCGUG